CUAGCUUUAGCCAAAGAUGUGCUACAUCCUGACUUAUUUAGCCUAAAAUCAGAGCCAGCUGACUGAGCCAGUGCUGAGAAACUGAUGAGACUUACCAAUGGAAAUGGAUGAUAAUGGCCGACAGACCUCUUGCUGUGAUUCAAGAUGGUCACAGCAACUGUCAGGCCUUCCUCACAAGCUCCAGCAGCGCCUGAUGCCUUUCCAAAGGGAUGGAGUGGAGUUUGCUUUAUCUAAGAAUGGACGAUGCAUGAUCGCUGAUGAGAUGGGUCUUGGGAAGACGGUGCAGGCCAUCGCGGUGGCGUACGCCUACAGGCGGGAGUGGCCCCUGCUGGUGGUGGUGCCCUCGUCCCUGAAGUAUCCCUGGAUCGAGGAGCUGGAGAGAUGGAUCCCCGAGCUGCUGCCUGGAGACAUCAACCUGGUGGAGAACAAGAGCCACACCAUGGGCAUCAGCAGCAGCAAGGUGACGGUGCUGGGUUACGGCCUGCUCACCACAGAUGCACGCCCCCUGGUGGAGGCUCUGAGCAGGCAGCGGUUCGCUGUGGUCGUGGUGGACGAGUCACAUUACCUCAAAUCUAGGAACGCAGCGCGGACGAAGAUCCUGGCGCCUCUUAUUCAGAGCGCCAAGCGAGCCAUCCUGCUCACCGGUACCCCGGCGCUGGGUCGGCCUGAGGAGCUUUUCAUGCAGAUUGAUGCUCUCUACCCCAAGAGGCUCGGAACCUGGACUGACUUUGCCAAGAAAUACUGCAAUGGCCAUUACAGGUACUUUGGGGCUCGCAGGCAGUGGGACUGUCGCGGGGCGUCCAACCUGCAGGAGCUGCACCAGCGGCUGAGUGAGAUCAUGAUCCGUCGUCUUAAAGCUGAGGUGCUCAGUCAGCUGCCCCCCAAAAUCCGCCAGCGUAUCCCCUUCGACCUGCCUAAGGAGGCUGCAAAGGAGGCCUCAGCCAGCGUCGCCGAGUGGGAGAGACUGAUGAAGGGACUGGGGUCGGGGGCCGUCGCCACGGACAACAACCCCUUCACUCAGGUCAUGGGCCUGGUCACAAAGAUGUACAAGCAAACUGCUAUUGCCAAGGCGGGAGCUGUGAAGGACUACAUUAAGAUGAUGCUGGAGGCGCCGCAGCUGAAGUUCCUGGUGUUCGCCCACCACCUCACCAUGCUGCAGGCCUGCACCGAGGCCGCCAUCGAGGCCAAGGCUGCUUAUAUCCGCAUCGACGGCAGCGUCCCAUCCUCGGAGAGAAUCCACCUGGUCCACAAGUUCCAGAGUGACCCAGAGACACGAGUGGCCAUCCUCAGCAUCCAGGCAGCCGGUCAGGGUUUGACCUUCACCGCUGCCAGCCACGUGGUGUUCGCCGAGCUCUACUGGAACCCCGGCCAAAUCAAGCAGGCGGAGGAUCGAGCCCACCGCAUCGGACAGACGUCCUCCGUCAACGUGCACUACCUCAUUGCUAAGGGCACCUUUGACAGCGUCAUGUGGUCCAUGCUCAAUAAGAAGGAAACGGUGACUGGCAGCACGCUGAACGGCAGGAAGGAAUACCUGAACGCCGACGAGGGCGACAAGGACAAGUGGGAGUUCCUCAACUUUGCCGACGCUUGGAAGCCGAGUGAGAUGGUGCUGCAGGGAAACACAGGAGACGCCAAAGAUGACGUGUUCUUCACUCAUUUUGAGAAAGACAAGCAGCACGACAUUCGUUCCUUCUUCUCGCCGGGCGGCAGUAAGGAGAAGAAGAGGAAGAGAACCGGAGAUGAAGACACAUCUCAGUCCAUCUCCUCAGAGACGGAUUCCACACCAACGAUCUUAGAAGAGAAAGAAGAAACGUCCCAAACCGCCGCCACGCCCGACCACGACUUCUCCCCGCAGCUGAAGAGGCUCCGGACGCCACAGCCCGGCUCGUGUGGUGGGAAGCGAAGGUCGACGGCCGGAGGGAACGUUUCCCUCAUGGCCCCGCGGAGGCUGUCGGCGCCCAACCCUCCCACCGAGAAGUGGAGCUGCGGGGCCUGCACCUACUCCAACAGCAGCCUGAUGCCGUACUGCGAGAUGUGCGAGGUCCCGCACUCUUCUCUGGAUGUCCGGUCAGAGCCACCCAGGCCACAGCCGCCCCCCUCCACCGAGCGGGACCGGGCAUGCGUCGUCCUCUCCGGCUCCGACAGCGAGCCGGAGCUUAGCCGAGGGAAAGACCAGACUCCCAGAUCGCGAAAAGGCAAACAAGAGGAUGAGCCUUCGAAAGACAAACAGAAAGCAGGAGAAGCAGAGGAGGAGGACAAGCGGCAGCUCAAAGAUAAACAAUCAGUGGGAGAGCGAGGCGACAACGUCGCUGGCGGCAGCGGCUGCUUCUCCCCCGACCACACACAGGACCGGAGAGCUGCGGCGUGUCUGUCUUCUGCUGCUGAUGCUAAUGACGAUGAUGAGGGCGAAGAGGAUGACGACGCCCAUCCCGUGUACCCGGGGCUGCAGUUCUGCGCCAGCCACUACACAGACCGAAUAUAUCUUUACUCCAAGGACGGGACUCCGUUGAGCUUGAGCUUCACCCCUCUGGACAUCAAGCUAUCCAACUGGGACGACCUGCCCGAGGCCUUCAGCCGGCGCCGGGAAAAUCGAAUACAGGUAUUGAGGUUCGUUCAGGACUGGAGCAGCCUGGCAGCCAUGAAGCAGAAACUGCUCCAACGCAGCGGCCUCCUCUUCCACAGCCCCACUUUAGGCUUGCAGCAGCUGGCCGCCGUCCAACGCCCGCACUCCAGCACCAAGAGGUACCUCGGUAAAGACGAGGUGGCCCAGGCCUCCCUGAACAAGGCCCAGCAGGAGGGAGGCAGCGUCCGACUGGUCACCAAGGAAAAGUUCUUCACGAAGAGGAGCUCUGCCUCUUCAGCAGCACCACCCGCUUCAGAGAGCCCAGUCAGCGAGUCCUGUAAGACGGUGGAGGUGCAGCCGCCGUCAGAGUCCGGCUUCCUGCAGGCGGUGGACAGUGAGGGUGUCCCGCUGUGUCUGUCCUGCCAGCAAGCCUGCUCUACCACCGGUGGGGCCUGGGACACUCGCUUCUGCGGCCACAGGUGCCAGGAGGAGUUCCAGUUGCGCUCCAGCCAGACGUACAUGCGCUCGCGGGUGCUGGAGGCGGAGCAGGGCAUCUGUCAGCACUGCGGCCUCCACGCCCACGAGCUGUUCCUGAAGGUCCGUGACGCCCCGCCCUCCCAGCGCAAGGAUAUGCUGGAGAACACUUGGCUCGCGCAGCUGUCACUCAAACAGAAUCCCCGAAAAAACACAGCAGCAAGCAACAGACUGCUUCAGUUCGCAGGUCAACUUGCUCUCUCUCUGCAACACUGGAGUUCAGUGAUCUUGUCCUCUCAAGAUACAAUCCAGCUGAAUGUGAUGAUCGGCGCUCCGGUCGAAGGGGAUUUCUGGCAGGUCGACCACAUCCGGCCGGUCUACAGCGGAGGAGGACAGUGCUCUCUGGACAACCUGCAGACGCUCUGCACCGUCUGCCACAAAGCCAGGACGGCUCAGCAAGCCAAAGAGCGGAGCCAGAAGAGGAAGAGUGUUGCAGCCUCCAAGGUUGCGUCAGACAUCAGCAGGUUCUUCGUCAGGAAAUGAAACGAGGGUUUAGUGAGGGUUGUAUAAAAGUUGGUUUUCUGACUGCGUGGAUGAAGAUGCAUCAUGAUUCUUCAAUGACGACACAUUUAAGUAUUAGAAAUGGCGUUCUCUGACGGCCGUACGUUUCUGGUGAUAUCAGCGGCGCCCUGUUGGACUCUGCUGCACCUGUGGAGAUUUACUCUCAACUGCAUCAAAUGCUAAUUCAGCCAAACUCCGCUCUCGUCCCCGAAACGUCACAAAUGCGCUAGCCUUGAUUUAUGACGCCCCCCCCCCUUUAGCUCGAGGCUGAAAUGGAGCAGGUUGUUUAGAGAGAUGCUGCUAUUUUAAGAUUUUGCAAACUUGGUGAAAAGUAGCAGGUGAGAAAUGAAUUGGGGGGGGGGGGCUUUGUGAUUAAAACUUCACGGCAGUGUCCUCAACAAGUGGCGCCUUGUAAAUCUUCCUCUUUGGAAGAUGGAUGAACGCUCGCCAGUAAAAUAAAAAGGCUAUUUUCAUCUUG